AUGUUUAACAAAACAGUAUAUCCAGCAUUAGAAGAGUUAAAGCAACCACUUUCACAAGAACAGCUUCGGAUUUUGAAAGAUCAACUUCAGUCAGAAGAGCCUAAUCCAACCCCACAAACGAGAUUCAACUACGCUUGGGGUUUGAUUAAGUCUGGAAGUCACAAGCAACAAGAAUAUGGUGUUCAAAUUCUCUCUGAAUUAUACAAGAGUGAACCUGGUAUGAGAAGAGAAGUAUUAUAUUAUCUUAGUUUAGGCUCAUUCAAAAUUGGUGAUUAUACAAAUGCAAAGAGAUAUGUUGAAGCAUUAUUGAAAAUUGAACCAGAAAACCUGCAAGCCAAAGCAUUAUUGGAAAGCAUUGAGGACAAAAUAACCACCGAAGGAUUGAUCGGGCUUGGGGUAGUAACAGGUAUAGUUGCUAUUGGUAUUGGUGUAAUUGGUGGAUUGGUUAGAAAAAAUAGAAAGUAG